CUGUCAACUGUCACUUUUAUUAUUGUCAGUCAAUCAAAAGCAAUAAAACAUUUUAUUGAAAAAAAUCUUAUCAAACAAAGAUAAAUAAAUCCGUGUUUUCGUUGUUAAAUAAUGUAUUUAGUUGUUAAUGUAUUUCAUAGUGUACAGUUCUGUUUUACAACGUAAUAUGUGCGACUACGCCUUAAGAAAGUGUACAAUAGUUCUUCCGCCCUGAUUUAAAAUCGUUGUUACUCCUACUUUCGAAUCAAUGAAUCAAGGAAUUGAUCAUUAAAUGAUGAGUCAGCAUAAUUUCUGGAGAGGACUAACUCCGUUAACCGUGCCGCCUUCUCAGCAAGUACCAGAUAAAAUUGUAAAACUGUGUACUCUGGGUGCAGACUUCAUUGUGUUAGGAAAUGACCAUGGCCUCUACCACUGCGAAACUGUAGAAGACAGUUUAAAUUUCAAAAAAAUCAGCGGCAUUACUGCAAUAGACAUAUCAUAUCACAAUGAUAUCCUUUACAUUAUAGAUGUACAUGGGCGGCUAUACAAAACCAACGCUAGUUUUAAAAACAAAGAAGAAAUUAUUGUUAAAGAAGAUGCUAAGUGUUGCCCACACGGUUUUAAAAGUUCCAGUUAUAAAGUGAAGUUUAGAAAUGUAGUGGCCAGUGAUUUUGGCCAGUUGUUCAUAAGUAGUGAUGGGCAGCUAUGGGGCUCUGGUUGCAUGCCCCAACUCUCCAUGGACACUAGUAGUGUUAAGAAAAUACCGUUUUUUGAAGGUAGAACUGUUUAUAGUGCAUCAGUUGGUCAGAACUUUGCUGCUGUGAUAGCAAGGAAAAAUGUGAGAAGGUCCGGCAACUAUGACACAGAGAGUGACAAUGAUGAUGAAGAAGUGUUUGCUUCCAAUUGCUCACAGUGCCAGACAAUAAUAGGCCUAGCAUCCCCUGCAUCCGUGCCAUCUCUAUCAGAAACCUGCCCUUUAGGUGUUCAAAUUAGUAAGUCUAGUGAAGAUUCAAGUAGUACUACUGCCCCACAAACAGAUGUCCAUGUUGAUGCUCAUAGUUUAACUGAAGAUUCUAGUCCCUCAUCUGAGGAAUCAAAAAUUGCAAGAUCAAACUCACAAAAAAAUGCAAAUAUAGAAGUGGAUCAAAUUUCUCAAGAUAACAAAUCAACAGAAGAUGCUGAUGAGCAGACAGAUAAAGAAAGUGAAUCAGGUGAAGCUGGUGGGGAAAAAAUUAACAAUAUUUUUAUUAACACUGAUGCUGCUAGACAGUUCUUGAGCAGACAGCUCUCUUGGGUGUCAGCUGGUGAGGAUUACUUAGUGGAAUACACAGAAAAGCCCACUAGAAUAAUCAAGGAGAAUGUUUCAAACCUAACCAACUUUGUUUAUGAAGGAGUAAAAACUGUAGGAGAUAAAGUAGCAACAUUAUCAAGACAUGUCAGCGGUAGCAGUGAUAAUAAUGAUGCUGUGGAACUCCAGAUGAGAAUUAGUAAUGAAGAAAUUAAUUCCCUAAUGUACAGCUGCACAUCUAACUGCAAUCUAGAAGAUUUGCAUUUCUCCACAAGCACAAUAAGCAGUGAAAAGGAGUUUGAAGCCGCAAGGAAAACAGAAAACCUCAAAAACAUGUCUAAACUUGGUAAGAAUAUUUUAGCUACAGAAUUAUGGACCUGGGGAGACAUAUCAUAUGGACAACUAGGAGUAGGAGACACAGUCAAAAGAAUAAAACCUAUGGUAGUAAUGAGUUUGUCAGGUUUUGGGCUCCAGAAAGUAUCCUGUGGUAAAUGGCACUGUUCAGCUCUAACGUUAGAUGGAAGACUCUUCUUAUGGGGCUAUAAUCAGUUCCAUCAAGUCAGCUUUGACAGUAGAGAAGACAAAAGUGGUCCUAAACAGUUUACAGAAAAUUCAGACAGUGAUAGAGUAAGAGAUAUGAUAGCCACUGAUCAUCACACUUUAGCAUACACUCAUAAUGAAAACAUAUUUUAUAUGGGAAAGCAUACUGAUGGAUACACUGAUUCUAUUGUCAAUUUGAAUGUUAGAGAAGAUCAAGAGAUCACUGAAAAUCACACAGACUCAACUGUAAAAGUAGUUGAGCCUCCAAACUUUUCAACUAAACCCCAAAACAUGUGCUACCAUUGGAGAAUAUUGUCUUCUGGCAACAUCAGCUAUUGCUCAAUAGAAGAGUCGUCCAAAUGUCCAGAAUUCCAAGAUCUGUCUAUUGCUCAAAGAUAUCUAGAAGAAAUGCUUUUGAUAUAUCAUAAUCUAGUUAAACCUUUUCUUAAGAAGAGUAAAGCUGUAACUACACAUUCCAAUAUUUACGAAACAGUGUGUGAUAUUUUUGGUGACAUUUUAAACAUUACUGCUCUGAAUGUUCUCUCGAUGUGGCAGUACGCCGAGAAACAUAUAAAUGAAUGUGAUAUUUCUUUAAUUAAAAAUUUAGAAGAGUUUAUUUAUUUGUACAGAAAGUAUUAUGUAGCUGUAAGCAAUUUGAUAGUUAUCGGCGGAUUCACGCAAAUCAACAGUGUGGUCGAUGUUCCGUCUAGCGUCUAUAGUUUGUUUAGCGAUCAACUCCCGACUAAUAAACAGAAGAAUAAUAAGAAAACCUUAGAAGCCAUAGUAGGUCUGGCGUUCGUACAACCAUUAACAAGAUUGAGCUCUUAUAAAUGCAUAGCUCAAUCGUUAUUGAGGUAUAAGACGAAAAGAAAAAAGCCGGACUCUAAGCCGAAUAUGGAUGAGAGAUUGAACAAAGUGAUUGCUUCUCUGGACACUUUGAUAGAUGAGCAAGAAAAGAAGCGGAAAGAAGCUGACGUCACAAAGUUGUUUUGGGAGACAAUAGGGAAAAGUAUAGAGCAAUACCGGACGCCUGAACGUCGACUAGUGAGAGAGUCUAAAUCUCGGCAGCUGAAUUUAGUGAACCCAGGACGAUUUUCAUCGCAUUGGUUCGUCCUGUUCAACGAUCUCUUUGUCCACAUCAACGGCAGCACACCUAACGUCCAUCCUUUAGAGACGCUAUGGGUAGAACCGGUACCAAACACAGAUUCCCUGCAAAACGUGAUCCAACUAACGACUCCCGAGGAAACGAUAUCAGUUACAACAGCAACAGAACAAGAGAAAACAGAAUGGACACAUUCAUUCAACAAUUCAAUAAGACUUGUGUUAAAUAAGGAUAAUUUUAAACCGCCUGCAGUGAGAACGGCAACUCAUACGUUCUCAAAUAAAAAUGCCUUUUAUAAAGACGCGAAGUACACUGGGAGAUGGUUGGAUGGUAAACUCCAUGGCAGUGGGAAGGUAGAAUGGCCUGAUGGCAAGUUGUACGUUGGCCAAUUCCAGCUAAACGCGUUAUGUGGACAUGGGAAGAUGGAAAUACCCAGUGUAGGAGUCUACGAAGGCCAAUGGAAGGACAAUCUCCAAAACGGUUACGGUGUCAUGAAAUACACGACAGGUGACAUUUACGAAGGGUAUUUUAAAGAUGGCAACCCACACGGACAUGGGAUCAAGAAGCAAGGAGAUUUUACUUCAUCAUCAGCCACUAUUUAUACGGGGGAGUGGGUCAAUGGGGUCAAACAAGGAUAUGGGGUUAUGGAUGAUAUUGGAAAAGGGGAGAAGUACUUGGGUAAUUGGAGCGAUAAUAAGAAACAUGGGUGCGGUUUGAUCGUGACCCUGGAUGGGAUUUAUUAUGAGGGUCUUUUUAUGCAGGAUGUGUUGACAGGUCAUGGAGUCAUGGUAUUUGAAGAUGGAACGCACUACGAAGGAGAGUUCCGAUCAGCCGGCGUGUUCUCAGGCAAGGGAAUACUAACCUUCUCCAGUGGAGAUAAGAUCGAAGGUUGCUUGAGCGGCGCGUGGACUGAAGGAGUCAAGAUUUCAAACGCUACCAUGCAGCUAAAUGUUUCUAACCCAGUGUUGCCAACGAAUUCUAAACCUAAUUCAUUCGGAAAACUAAGCGUAGCUCCAAACCAAAAGUGGAAUGCCCUCUUUCGCCAAUGCUUCCAAUGUCUCGGCGUCUCAGAAUCCAUUUUAACCCCAACCGGCAACCAUUUUGCAAAUGGCCCCUCCGGCCCAACCAUAGACAAUGUAAAAAUCUGGCAGAAUGUUGCCGUCGCCAUAUCCUGUUCGCAUAAAGAAAGAAAUAAAAUGUCUAUGAAGAAGAAAAGUAAUGAUUUGGAAAAAUCUGUGGAUUGUCUAGAAGUUAUACCGCAGUUUGGACAGAAAACACUUAAUUUGGAAAGUUAUGCAGAGUUGCAACAGUAUUUGUAUAAUGCCUGUGAAUCUACCCACCACCCAUUAGGCCAGCUCGUCCUCGGCUUAACAAACGCCUUCAACACCACGUACGGAGGAGUUCGCGUCCACCCUCUACUCCUGAGCCAUGCUGUGAAGGAACUCAAGAGUAUAACGGCCAGGCUCUACCAGGUCGUAAGGCUCCUGUUCCCCGCCUUACCUCCUGAAGGUACUGAUGCUGUUCUGCCGUAUAAGAAGAGGGAGGAUGGUCAGGAAGAACAUAUUGAGAGUAAUCCUAUUGAUGGCGAGGUGGUGUCGGCGGCGUCGUUGCUGCAGGCGGCGCUGCUGCCCCGCGUGCACCCCGCGCUGUUCGUGCUGUACGCGCUGCACAACAAGCGCGAGGACGACCUCUACUGGCGACGACUGCUCAAGUGGAACCGACAGCCCGACCUCACGCUCAUGGCCUUCUUGGGGAUCGACCAAAAAUUCUGGGUUGGUUACACCUGCCCUAACAACCAGAUGUCGCCCACAUCGCCGCUCAAAGAGCAGCUGUUCCAAGAAGCAGUGGAGACGCUGCAGCAGCUCAAAACCACCUUCUCACCGAUUGAGAAGCUUCUCGUUAUCAGAAGCACCUUCCAGAAGAUGACUAUUGCUGUACAACAGGAGUUAGGUUCGAACUACCUCUGGAGUAUGGACGAGUUGUUCCCAGUGUUCCACUUCGUGGUGGUGCGGGCUCGCAUCCUGCAGCUCGGCUCCGAGAUACACUUCAUUGAAGACUUCCUCGAGCCCGCCAUGCAACACGGAGAGUUGGGGCUCAUGUUCACCACGCUUAAGGCAUGCUACUUCCAAAUACUUCAAGAGAAGAUGUCGAUCAACUAACUACUAACGAACAGACGGCGCGGAACGAGUGUGUGUGUGUGUGUAAUAACGAUUGAUCUCGCAAUACAUAUGGUGCGUACAUUUAGUUGUAGCUUGCGCAAUAAUUUGCUAUAAGUACUCGCUAGGUGUUCUUUUAGCUUAGAUAUUUAUAGGACGUAUACCAUUUGUAUAGUAAACUUAGUACAAGUUUGUUUUACGUUUAAUAGAAGAGCGCGUUCGGCGCUCUGAUUGGCCGGUGUGUAUGAACCAACCAAUCAGAGCGCUGAACGCGUUUUCGUUCAACGUAAAGCAAACUUGUAGUAAGUGUACAGAUAAAGAAAGAAAAAAAAACUUUUCCAAAACUCUUACCGUAUAAUUAUGAAGCUAUCUUGCCUAAUCUGGUAAUUAUUCGAGUUAAUUAAGAUUUUUGUUGAUUAAUUGUUUACCUCUAUCCGUUAACACCAGGUUUUAUUUUCUGAAAUGUUUUUAUUUUCCGAAAUAUUUUCAUCAAAACUGAUACAGCAGUUUUGACAGUUUAAACGAAAAAUCUUGCAAAUUAAAAAAACAAUCAUACAUUUUAAGUUGAACAACAGUUUUACAGAAUAUCAACUUCUUUGCUUUUCACAAUAAAUUGAGAACUACGUAGACACAUUUACCUCUGCUUACCCCAGCAAACAAAUAGUAUACGUCCUAAACCAUUGAUAUAAUUGUUACGAAACUCUUCUUGUUAUAUAAUUGUAAAAUGUCUAUUAUGUAGUGGAGUGGUAUAUACCGUAAAGUAAAUGAAACGUACAAAUUUCCCAUUUUUCUAAAUAUUUCCUAUAAAACAAAACAUUACAUGUAAACAUAUUUUUUUAUAGUUUCUCUUGUUACAAAUAUGUUACUCAUACUAGGAUCUUAUCCCAUGUCGUGGGUGCGUUUAUAAACAUAUAAUUUUAAAUACACGUCCCAUCCUAGGCCCGGAUCAAUUAAAUCACACAAAUAGUUUUUCCGUGCUUUGUAGAUGAUUUAGAUUUAAUAGAUUAAACAAUUUUAAUUGAAGAAGCCCACGAUUUGUUAAGCGGGUAAUAAACGUGCAAGUAAGUACGUGGUCUUGUGGCUUAGUACGAGUUUGUUUUACGUUGAACGAAAACGAAACAAGAGCGCAUGCAGCGCUCUGAUUGGACGGCGCGAAUGGACCAACCAAUCGGAGCGCCGAAUACUUAAUUGAAUACGCUCUCGUUUAGAUCACGUUAAACGUAAAGAAAACUUGUACUAAGGGUACUGUUUUUUACGUACGUGUACGGUUAUAAACGCUUACUUUAAAAAUACCGCGCAAAUGGCGACGUCGAGCCGAGCAAGUUCGUGAUCUUAAAAUCCGCGUACUUAAAAUUCGUCCGUCUGUCACCUGACUUUAUUGAGCAGUACCCUUAGUAUGAGUUUGCUUUACGUUUAAAGUAAUCCAAACGUUUUGUUUGGCGCUCUGAUUGGUUAGCUUAUUUAAGCUGGCCAAUCAGAGCGACCAAGUCGUUCUUGUUUCGAUUACUUUAAACACAAAGCAAACUAGUACUAAGGUUACAGGUGAUCACUCGGUUGCUACAUCAACCAUAUUGCCGAAAGUAUUUUUAUGACUGCAUCUCUAUAUUUCUCGAGCUAUUCUUAUUUUUUUAAGAAAUAUAUACUUGUGUGUAUAUAUUUACUAUUAUUUUUAAAACGCUCAUAAUAAAAGAAUCUGAUGCAAUGAUAUUAAUUUAUUUUUGUUAUUAUUUUGUAUUAUGCAACUUUAACUGUUGUGCCGAUUCGUUAUGCAUUAGAAUCGAGGUUCAAAGGCACUUUACCUGUUCAUAAUACGACUAAAAUAUUAGCGUAGUGCGAACAAGGUAAAAGGCACUUUAUACUAUGAAAUCUUAAGUUCAAAUUCCUAUACUUAGCUAUUAGCUAGAUAAAUCAAGUUGUAUUUGAUUUAUUGUUAAUUUCAAUGCAUGUUCUUAUUAGUUUUAUUAAUAAUUUUGAAAAAGAUAAUUACUUAUUCCUACGUAUAGCAGCCGUAUAGUAUUUUAAUUAAUUUAUCGCUAUUUUAACAUAACUAUCGUAAGAUAUACUAAAUUAAAUUAAAAUACCUACUAUACCUAAUGCGCUCUAACAAGGUGCGGCUGACAGAUUCAGUAACGUUUCGUAUCACUCUUGAAAGUUGCUGCGAUUUAAAAAUUAUGCCUUAAUAUUUUAGCUGUAUCACAUUCGUAUUAUGUUAAAUCAUUCGGAUGCGUAGUUAAUUAAAUUAAAACCAACCGGAAUGUUCUAGUAUUCAAUUAAAAUCUAAUGAAAUGAAAAAUAAAGUAAAGUGUUAUGCGUAUAACGUAAAGCCAUAGUCGUGUUUAGUGAUGGGAUGUACGGCUACGAUGGAUAGGUAGUCGAUGUUUUUUUAGAAUAAAAAACGAAAAUCGUGCGUCGUUCAAUUAUCAUUCUUAAAAAACCUUUAAUUAUGUAGGUAAAUCCACUGUAGACGCGGCUCUCGUUGCCCAAACCACAGUGACAUUAUCUGAGCAGAAAUAUGUAGUAGGCAUUUUUCUAGACAUUUCCGGCGCCAUUGAUAAUGCGUGGUGGUACUAUUCCAACAUAUACAAACUAAUAUAUCCUUGUUUUCUUCACGGUUCUGUAAAACUGUAACUCUGAAACACCUCAGGGCUCGGUCAUAAAAUAUUUAUUUUGACAAGUAUAUACACGUAGUUAGACUGCACAACUAAAUAACACACACAUUUAAUAAAAAAAUUCAAGAGAAUUAAAUGUAUGCUGCGAGUAUCGAUAGCGAUAAAAAAAGAUUUUUCUAAUGUCCAUCCCUAAAGAGAGACGUCAACGUCAUACUGGCAUCUGUCAGCCGCACCUUGUUAGAGCGCAUUAGGUAUAGUAGGCUGCGUAUGCGCAUGCUACUCAUAAGGUAGAGUCCUAUGUACUGCCUUUGACUUGAAACUAGUAGAGCUUUUCUCAAUAUUUAUGUGAGUAUAUCGGUAUUUUUUUUUCAUUUAAUUUUAACCCUUAGAACGUUGCGUCAUCUACCGGUGUGUACGGUAUGCGUACGUUUAACUUUACCUUGGCAGUUAAAGUGUUAACUUGCGAUUUUGUAGGUCUCAUAUUCCUUAAUAACAUUUAAGUCGUAUAUUAGCGA